AUGUCAAACCCUUAUCUACCCAACUCUCCCUCCUCGUCUUCCAACCCGCUCUUCAACCCCUACUCCGCAUCCUCUUCUUCUACUUCUACUUCCAAGCUUGACCAGCCAAUCACAAGAUCCCGAACUUUAUUCUACCUCUCAGUGAGAGAUUCCUCUACGACGUACUCUAGCAAAAUCAGAAAAUCGAAUAGACAAUAUGGAGAUACGGUUGAUAUAGGUGAUGAUGAAGAGCAGAUUGGUUUGAUUGGUGGUUCGGGCAGUGGGAUGAGUGGUGGUAAAGGAUUACCUCCCAGAUGGGUUGAUCUGAGUGAUGAAGUUGAGGAGAUCCUUUCUAGAGCUAAAAUAAAGAUCUCAACUCUCGAUAAACUUCAUGCCAAACAUGUCUUACCUGGAUUUACAGAUAGGUCAGCUGAAGAAAGGGAGAUUGAACGACAGACUGCAGAUAUAACCAGGGACUUCAGAAGAUGUACUUCUCUGAUAUCAUCUGUCAACCCUGGGCCCAGAGCAGCAAGAGUAGAAAUCAUGACUGCGAAGAAUGUGCAAAGGGGUUUGGCUCAGAAGGUACAGGAAUUAUCGGGAGUGUUUAGGAAGAAACAGCGAGUGUACAUACAAAAGCUGCAAGGUCAUGCGAUCAAGAAUAAGGAUUUGAUGGUAGCUUCUGGUGCUAUAACGCUCAAGGGAACAGACUUGCUGGAUGAGUUGCAGGAAGACGAAGAAGCCACACAAAAUCAACUGCAAUCUCAAUCUCAAGCACAAUCCACCUCAGCAAUCGAUAUAGAUAUUCAGCAACGUACUAACGAGAUCACCCAGAUCGCCUCGUCCAUCUCGGAACUGGCAGACUUAUUCAGAGAUCUGGGUAAUCUGGUGGUCGAGCAGGGUACGGUGCUGGAUAGUGUUGAGUAUAACGUGCAGAUGACUGCUAGGGAGUUGAAAGGGGCUGAAGAGGAGUUGAAAGUCGCUCAGAGGUACCAAGCAAAUACAGGCAGACGCAAAUGUAUAUUGUUCUUGGUACUUUGUAUAAUGGGCUUGCUCAUCAUUUUAGUCUACAAACCACGCUCUCAUACCUCUUCAACAUCUCCUGAACCUGCGCAAUCUUCACUACCGAUCGAACUUCCCCUCAGCUCCAGCAUAAUUGAUGAUGAUACCGAUUUAGAAGUGACACCAUCGCAUAAAUCGGUGAUAUACGCUACGCCUACGAUAACCGAGGAAGAAACACCUUCGUCGAGACCUCAUAGACCGUUACCUAAACCGCCUCCAUUGUUCACGCCGGUUGAUCAGGUAGAUGAUUGGUAG